AUUACUGUGAUCUGGUAGCACUACAAGUAGUUUAGAAAUUAGAACGGCCCAAAAAUUGCACUGGUGGUUUUUGGGCAGAGAAAUUUUCUUUUUAUUAAUGGUAUUAAGUGCAAAUAAUAUGUGGAAUACAAAUUCGUGUGCCAAAUUGUUCUUUUGUUUUGAUAAAACUAUUUUUCAGUAACAUUUUUACAAUAAUCGCUGUCUCCGACGUCACGGCCAACUGUGCUGCUCGUUGCAAUGGGCAAAGAUCAAGAUCUAUUGGAAGCAGCACGCAUUGGCAAUAUUGCUGUAGUAGGCAAAUUACUAGAGCAGAUUUCGAAACGAAGUAGCGGCCCAUUUUCAAGUUUUCGUCGUAGUCCCAACAUUAAUAGCCAAGAUGUUAACGGCUAUACGCCCCUCCAUCACGCUUGUUUGAAUGGACAUAUCAAUAUUGUACGCCUGUUGCUGGCGAAUAAUGCUGCACCAGAUAUGCCCGACAUACGUGGUUCAACACCGUUAUAUUUAGCAGCAUGGGCUGGUCGCGACGAGAUAGUAAAACAAUUGUUGUUGCACACCCCGAAAGCGGCCAAUCCUAAUACGCAGACUAUUGACAAUGAAACGCCAUUACAUUGUGCUGCACAACAUGGUCAUAACACCGUCUUAGCCAUAUUACUUGCCUAUGGUGCAGAUCCUACUGUACGCAACAAUAGUUUCCAAACAGCUCUAGAUUUAGCUGCACAAUUUGGUCGCUUGCAAGCCGUACAAACGCUUAUACGCACACAUCCCGAGCUAUUGGCACCUUAUCGCUCGUCCGGUAGUUGCACACCCACCACAGCCACGCUUGAGUCUACGCCGUAUACGAUUUCGCCUUCAACGCAUUUAUUCACGCAUACGUGUUUGCAUUUAGCCAGUCGUAAUGGUCAUAAAAAAGUGGUCGAAGCAUUAUUAGCCGCUGGAGUUGACGUCAACAUAAUGACAAAUUCAGGAACUGCCCUACACGAAGCUGCACUUUGUGGCAAAAAACCAGUUGUUAAUGUACUCUUGCAAGCUGGUAUUAACCCGAACGCCACCGAUGGUUCAGGCCAUACCGCACUUGAUUUGCUCAAGGACUAUCCACCGCAUGUUACCUAUGAAAUUGUAUGCGCAAUAAAAGAUUUUUAUAAAGACGCUUCCAAUGGUACGCAUUUCAAACCAAUUAACGAACUGAGUGAUGGCGAUGAUCAUGAGCGUAGUGAUAGUUCCAUCUCGCCUGUGCCAAAUAUAGCCUCCGAAAGAAGGCAAAACGAUGCAAAAGUCAGUGCUAUUGCACACAAGGAAUUUCUAAUGCCAAAGACUAUAAAACCAAAUAGACUCUCUAUUUCGAUGAGCUCUUUGGAACAGACAACAAAACCGCAUUCAAAUUAUUUGAAAAUGAAGCCAAUUCUUUGGCAAAAAUCUCAUAGAGGCCUCGCACCCAAGCGUUAUCAUGAAGCUUACAGCGAUACGACGGCUUUUCCAGCAAUACAAAAGCAACGCUCGCUGUUAAGUGUCCUUAAUAGUCAACAGCAUGCACAAGAUCCGACUAAGUAUGGGGAUCGUGCUCAUGUACCUUACAAAAGCGAAUCAGCAAACGAUCUCUAUGCACUGAAUAGAAAACGUGACAAACACAUCGACACACGAAAUCGUGUUGUGGAUGAGUAUGUAGAGAUGACUGCUCCCGAUUUCUUCAAAAAUUCUACAUUAAACGAUACGCCAACAAUCCCCUCGCAAAGUUCCUUGCAUUCCUUAAGUACCAAUGUGGAGUGUGUAAAGACGACUGAAUUAAAAACUUUUACAUCCUCUGCAAGUAAUAUUAUAACGCCGAAAAAGCCCAUACCAAGCCCACGUUCCAUUAGAACCAAUGACUAUGCCAAUAUUAAUCACAUUUUAACGACAUCAAAUUCAAAUAUUAAUAGCACGAAAUCGGCGGCGGAUGAGUUAACCCCAACAUUGCCGCAAGUUGCAUAUUUCAGAACAGAGUAUCCAAGCCCACCGUCUAAGCAGCCAAUAACGACGGCGAUAUCGCCAACGAAAGAUGCGAAUAAUAAUUGCCAUAAUAUUAGUAAUAGGAAAACAAAUGUUGAUAAGAAACACUCGCCUACACCGGAUUUCCCGCCUCCAACGGUUUCGCAAGCAGAACACACGAUACUUGAAUUUAUACGGCCCAAUAGCGUGCACAGCAAACGGAAAUCGUUGGGUCUGAAUCAGCGACCGCAUCCUGAUCUGGAGUCUUUCAUUGUAGAUGCUAUAAACCAAUUUGAACUGCCCGAUUCGCCGUUGAGUUCUUCUGUCUCGGAUUGUGUGGAGGAGUUUGUGGGUGAUGCACCCUUCGCUGGACUUUUUAAAGGUUCUACUUUGAAUUUAUCGAUGGAUGACAAAGAGGAAAGCUUUUCCGCUUAUCGUGCAUCAGGUGGAUUACGCUCACCAAGCUUAGUGCGUUCGAUAAAGCCGCUGCCACCUAAAAGAAAUAUUUCCCAACCUCAAAAACCACUGGCCAACGAAGAUUUCAAUGCUAAACAAGUCUGGGCAGAGAUCGAUACUAUUCUAGAGAGCAUCGGAAACGAGGUAAACGAAGUGGAUAGAGCUUUGAAGGCGAUGCAGGAGACCGCGCCGAAAGGUGCUCUCCGCAUAAACCAAGACGCAUUGCAGAUACGCAGACCAGCUGCUUUGUGUUUAGGCAACAAUGAUGAUUGCAACACCACCAACUGGUGUCAUUCUCCAAACACGCUCAUAUUCGGACAAAUACUCUACACAGUUUAUUAUCUGGGCUCUACCGUUAUACGGGAAUUACACGGUACGGCUUCCACGCGGAAAUCCAUUUUGAAAUUUAAACGAAACGCUACACCCCUGCCAGUAGUGAAGGAAAGAGAAUCGAAUUUGUUGAAGGAUUGCAAUAAUUUAACCAAAAUGCUCAAAGAGUCUAAUCAAGACUCGCGCCUCAAAGUUGGCCUCGCUGUAUCCUGUGCUGGUGUAAAGUUUUUGAACGCCGACAAUAGCUCCACCAUUUGCACUCAUGAUAUCGAAAACAUCAACUGUGUGUGUCAGGACUCUGAGGAUAUGCGGUAUUUCGCCUAUAUUACGAAAGACGAUGAUAUGCAUUAUUGUCACGUUUUUAUGGUGGAUAAUUUGGAGUUAUCACAAGAAAUAAUUUUGACCUUGGGUGAGGCUUUCGAGGUGGCUUAUCAACUGGCUUUGAGCAAGGAUGAUGCUGCGCUUGGUGCUAAUAAGACGAAAUCCAUGGAAAAUAUAGCCGAGAUUUAGUUUGACUAUUGUAAUUUUGGCUAUAAUUGUUUUUUUAAUUUACUUGUUCUUGUAUUCUGUCACUAGUCCGUUGGCCAUUGCGCUGUAACAUUGUAUUAAUGAUGGUAUUUGGAACCUCAGAAGUUUUGUUUAUUGCAUUUCGCCUAUUCCUGUAGGUGUACGUUGCUUUGCUAUUAAUAUUUUGUUAAAUUUAUAAUUUAAUACAAUUUUUUAUUCGGAAAGAAAAAA